CUCAUUCACAGGCAAGGAAAAAAAAAAAAAAAGAGGAAACCCUCCAAUCCCCACCUUCUCCAAUGGCCGCUCCGCCGCCGAUGCUCACCCUGGCGGUGGAGAAGGGGCCACGGGAGGGGGAGACCCGGCAGUGCAGCGCGGGCGCCGCCCUCCGCGUCGGUCGCGUCGUCAAGGGCAACGAUCUCGCCGUGCGCGACGGGGGAGCGUCGCAGCAGCACCUCGUCAUCGAGUUCCUCCCGCCGCCCGGCGCCGGGUGGGCCGUCUCCGAUCUCGGGUCCUCCAACGGCACCCUCCUCAACGGCAAUCCCCUCGUGCCCUCCGUCCCCGCCCCGCUUUCCCACGGGGACCUAAUCAAGGUCGGCGAUUCCACCGUGCUCGCCGUCUCCAUCGCGCCUGAUUCGGAUCCCAAGCCUAUCGCCAACCCCACUUCUAGGCGCUCCUCGCGUCAGACGGCAGCGGUGGCGCCGAUGGUGGCGGAGGAGAAGCCCCCUGCGGUGACCCGCCGUGGCGCACUGAAGAAAGCGCCGCCGGCCGCCCAGCACCCCAACACGCAGAAGGCAGAUCCAGAGGCAGAGGGAGUGGCGGUGGAUGAGAAGCCCCAGGUGGUUACGCGCCGGAAAGGACGGCGGAAGCUGGCUGCAGCGGAGCCCCUGUGUGAGAUGGAGGAGACUGUCGAGGCGCCACGCCGUGGAGAGCACAUGAAGCCCGUGGAGCCUUCUGGGCCAGGGAAUGGCGAGGUGGGUAAGGAGGCGGAGGCCACGGUGGUGACGCGCCGUGGCAGACAGAAGAAUGCUGCGCAGCUCCCUGAACCAGAGAAGGCAAAGGAGGAGGCCACAGUGGUGACGCGCCAUGGCAGGCAGAAGAAUGUUGUGGAGCCCUCUGAACCAGAGAAGGAAGAGGAGGAGAAGGCCACAGCAGUGACUCGCCGUGGCAGGCAGAAGAAUGCUGUGGAGCCCUCUGAACCAGAAAAGGAAGAGAAGGAGGAGGCCACAGCGGUGAUGCGCCGUGGCAGGCGGAAGAAUGCUGUGGAGCCCUCUGAACCAGAGAAGGAAGAGGAGGAGAAGGCCACAGCAGUGACUCACCGUGGCAGGCAGAAGAAUGCUGUGGAGCCCUCUGAAUCAGAAAAGGAAGAGAAGGAGGAGGUCACAGCGGUGACGCGCCGUGGUAGGCGGAAGAAUGCUGUGGAGCCCUCUGAACCAGAAAAGGAAGAGAAGGAGGAGGCCACAGCGGUGACGCGCCGUGGCAGGCAGAAGAAUGUUGUGGAGCCCUCUGAACCAGAGAAGGAAGAGGAGGAGAAGGCCACAGCAGUGACUCACCGUGGCAGGCAGAACGUUGCGCAGGCCCCUGAACCAGAGAAGGAAAAGGAGGACGAAGCCGCAGUGGUGACGCGCCGUGGCAGGCAGAAGAAUGUUGUGGAGCCCCCUAAACCAGAGAAGGAAGAGGAGGAGGCCCUGGUGGUGACAAACCGCAGAGGGAGGAAGAAGAAUGUGGUCACUGACGCCCCUCCGCCAUUGCCUCCGAAGAUGAGGUCUGUAAGGGGCCUUGGUAAAAAGGUUAGUGCAAGUGACCUGGUUCUUGAGGAUGGGGAAGAGCAGGGAGGAAAUGAGUUGGCUCUAUCAAGAGUUCGUCCUGUGGACCUGCUCGUUUCGACGACAUUGAAGGGCGUUAAGGUGCAGAAGAGGGAUAAGGUGGCAUCUGGGGAUGGAGACGUGGAAGGGGCUGCAGUGGCAUUGGAGGAGAAAGUGCCGAAGGGAAGGGCCAGUGCUCGGCUUGCUGCUUCCGAUAAUGGUGCCAAUGCGUCUGUGGAUACAACGCUCCGAGGUGGGCGGAAGAAGGCCGUUGAAUCUCAUGAACCAGAGAAGGAGGAGGAGGAGGAGGCCAUGGUGGUGACACGUCGCGGGAGGCGGAAGAAGAACAUGGAACCUCAUGAACCAGUGAAGGAAGCGGGGGAAGAGAAGGAGGACAAAGCUCCAGUGGUGAUGCAGCAUGGCGCAACGAAGAAAAAUGUGGCGCCAGUCGCUCCUGCAUCAUUGCCUCCAAAGAGGAAGUCCGCAAGGGGCCGGGGAAGGCCUGCAAGGGCUAGUGCAAUGAACACAGUUCUUGAGGAUGAGGAGGAGGAGCAGGGGGGAAAUACGUUGAGUGUGUCAAGAGCAUGCGCAGGGAAGCUACUGACUUUGACGACGGUGAAGAAGGGGGAUGAGGCAACAGCUGUGAAUGGAGAGGUCAAAAGGGCUGCAAAGGCAUUGGAGGAGAAAUUGCCAAAGAGGAGGGCCGUUACUAAGCUUGCUGCUUCUAACAAUAUCUCCUAUGUGGCUGCAACCGAGCCCACUGAAGAGAUGGAGCAGACUGCGGAAGCGUUGCACCACGGGGGACAGAAAGCCAUGGAGCACCCUGAACUAGAGAAGGAUGAGGAUGCCACCAUGGUGACGCACCGUGGGGAGCGGAAGAGGGCUGCUGUGUUGAAGCGCCGUGUAGCGGGAAAAAAGGAUGAGGUGGCAGUGACGAAGUCCGGAAGAGGACGAGGAAUGGUUGCAAGGACUAGUGCAAGGAAUAACGUUCUUGAGGAGAACAUGGUGGUAGAAAAGGAAAAUGAAUUGGCUGUGCCAAGAGAGCAAGCAGGGAAUCUGCCAGUUGUGACCGCGGUGAAUGGGGGUGAGGAUAGAGAAGUCAAAGGAACCACAAAAGCAUUGGAGGACGAAUUGCCAAAGGGGAGGGCCAGUGCCCAGUUUUCCUCCGAUAACAAGUGUGAGGAUGAACAGGGUGGUGCGAAUGGUUCUUCUACAGUUGCCAGUGCCCAGUCUUCUUCUGACAACAAGGGUGGUGCGAAUGGUUCUUCUAGAAUUGAUUCAGGAUCUAAUGGAAUCCCCAACACAACAAGCAAAUACAGAGAGGAUAGAAAACUGAAGCCGUACUCGACUCCCUUUGAUGUCAGGCUGGAUAGAGCUCUGCAGAAGUACUCUGCAUGAGUUACUGCUUACUAAAGUUGAAGAGUUAAAAAUGUCUUCUGAUUGGGUGGAUAGGCUCUAUUUCUACUCUGUGUAGGAAGAAUGACUCGUAGAUUUGGAGUCUGAAUCGAACUGAAUUUUGUGUACAUUGAAAUGGAGAUGCAUGUUUCGUUCCUAUGCCUGAUACAGAAGUUCAAGAAAAAUUGCUUGUUUGUGUUUUUA